CUCUGAGCACUAGAGACAAUAUGAACCCCUUCCAAGCGCUAAUACUACAGAAACGCCGCAGAUAGAAGUCGAUGACUACUUCGUACUAUGGGUACGGGAUCUUGAGUGGAGGAGUCGAAUCGAAUCGAAUCAAUGCGAAUAGUUGACAAAGUCUAUAUGGUCUGUAGGCGAAGACAAGUGAAUGUGAAGAUCCACAACCUACCACCAUGUUCUAUCAACUCCAUUUGUCCGAACUUCCACAAACUGACUGCACUGCCCCCGAGUUCAUAGUCAAGAUGUCAUAAUUUCAGACACCUUCUGUAAUGAUGCAGUCGAUCACAGUUCUAGACCCUUUAGCCUUGUUCCUCGACCCUCUGCCCGCUGGUCGAUUCCCUGCCCGGUAGAAUCUGACCUCGAAUUCAGACGUUACGUGCCCAGGUAACCGUUCCCAACAAGGGUUUGAACAUUGGUAAACUGCGAUCGGAUCAACACAUCUGCAACGUACAGUCACAUCAGUCUUGUGGGUCUUGCUGGCUUUGCACGAAGUUCAGAAUGUAGAGAGCGAGCUUUGAGAGUCAAAUCUUGGCUCGAAUCGAUUCUGCUUCAAGGCAUAAACAGGUCUCGCGGACAGCAGCAGGAACAUCUUUUCACAAGUCCAUUUUAUAUCCGAUAAUAUAACCAGCCAUCUGCCUUGCCUUACUCUCGUUUUUUUAUUCGGAUGUUUAGUACUAAAGUGGAACGUCGAUCUCGCGUCUGCCCAGUUCUCUUCGUUUCAGAAGUCAGCAGAGAGGAGACUAGUUCAUCUUACCAUCUGUCGGAGCACCACCCGGACGUUGUUCCACUUUGCUGAAACUUCUAAUCUAAUCGGCAGUAGACUAUGGUGUCCAUUCAACAUUGGCGAGGAUGUGAUGGAUUAUGCGGAUACUUGCAUGCCGGCAGGAAAAGGAGAGUCAUGAAGUGAGUCUUGGGAGGUUGACAGCAAACGAUUGACCGGUACAUCAGAACGUCUUCGACAGAGAUGGCUGUGCUCAAUAUCGAUGACAUUUUGCAUUCACACAGACAGCAAAGGCAGCAGAUUUCCUGGCCAGAUAUUGAGGAUGUACUGUGCCGAACGUUGGCGCAGGAAAAGAGCGUGACGGUCAGGGGCACGGGAGAUGAGCAGUUCGCGGCGCUGGGAAGGGCACUCCAGUUCCGUCAGUGGGGUGAACUUCAAACGCUGAGAUUGCACUGGAAGCGCCUGACUGUGGCGGGCCUGGUCGAGCUCUGCUCGGCGAUCAUGUACGGCAACCUCCAAGCUCUGAGGGUUCUCGUUCUCACCAACUCUUUCCAGCGUACAAACAACGACUUCGGCUUCGGGGACAGCGGAUUGUUUGCACUGGCGCAGGCUUUGUUGGCAGGAUACUCACUGUGUCUCCAAGUGCUCCAAAUCGGAGACUUUCAAAAGUCUCUACACGACGAGAUCUUCGGAAUCGAGGGAGCCCAGGCUCUGGCUCAACUCUUCCUCCUGGCAGGCUUGCCGAAGCUCGAAGACCUCCGUCUCAAUGGGGUGCAAACGGAGGAAGGAGUGGUGACCAUCGUGACCGGAUUGGAUAGAGGCAUUUUGUGUAGCUCGAACUUGAAGAGGCUUCGUCUCGAAGAAUGCGAGAUUGGACUGGAGGGAGCUCUGGCCAUAGCCAACGCUUUGCAAGAUACCAAUUUCUCUGAACUGGAGACUUUGAAUCUCCAGGACAACGUCGGCCGAGCGCUAGGCGACGACGGGAUCAUAAUUCUAUCGACUGCUUUUAGGUCGCGCAGCAUGAACAAGCUACAGACCCUCUGGUUACAUAACGUGUCGAUGGGAGAACUGGGACUCAUGGAACUGGCCUCCGUGCUUCAAGAGAAAUACCUGCCCAGCCUCAGGAAGCUUUACGUGGCUGGCGCACGGCACACCGACGCCACCACCGAGGCUUUUGAGCUGGCUUACCGCAACAACAGUUCACUAAUUGCUCGCAUCUUUCUCAGAAGACCGACAAAUGCAACAGAGCUUGGUGAUUCCGAUACUGAAGGCGCAGAGGAAUACGAGACCGAGGAAAUGGAGGAUCUGAAAAACUUUGAAGCCCGGUUAGAUAAACUGCGAGUCAUCAACGAGAUGCAAGCAAAGAAGAUGAAACGUAUUAUGUAGUGGACGGACAUCAUCCUGGGCCUUCCAAGGUUCGCCCUCCGUGUGACAAAGAGCUCGAUCGUAUGAAUUUGACAAGUCAGGCCCCAAGUCGUCAGCACGCAACAAGAUCCACAACCCGUAACAAGUUAGAGCUUGCCCUGAGUCAAGACUGUACGGAUUCUGGAGGCAGUAACACUUGCAAUAAGUCUUGCACCAUCUGCGAUGAUUUCAAAUACAUGUUGACCAGUACUACUAUCGUGCAUUCUGGUUUCGAUCUUCUUUCUGAAAAGAUAGAAACCAUGUGUCCAGGGAUUGCCGACUAUAAAUGUAUUGCAAUUGGUGGCUUUGCUUUGAAAUGUGUGUGAAAGUGUCGGUACUUUCAUCCAAAACAAAACUCGUGAAGGGGCCCAGUUAGAAGAACGCGGACGCUGUCAGUGAAUGAUAUUUGCGUGCAAGACCGAGCAAGCUUGGGAAAACUGACUGAGGAAACUGUCAGACGGAAGUCAGCUUUACUUCCACAUGUUGAGCCGAGGAUCUACUUUUUCUACCAGUCUUUCCGAUGUGGAGUCGGUGAAAAACUCGGCGGUCGAAGCCUGGACUUAUUAAAGGUAGAACGAGUUCGGCCUCAAAGUGGAAGGUCUUCACAAACAUACCCAACUGCCCGCCACACUUUGCUUGUAAACGUUGAGAUGUAACUUACAGUCUCUCUAAAGCCUAUCUGCACGCAAACCUCCAGAAGUCUUUCUCAGAUCUAAAAAGCAGAUAGUCUCGUAUGAUUAUUGCUGGUUACAUACUGGAAAUAUCUGGACAAGGUAUUUUUCAUAAUUUUCCUAGUUUUCGGAGGUCUUAUCGCAUAUUGGGGAAGGCUAUGACGUUGGCGAGACCUCAUCAACAUGGGAAUGUUUCUGUGGCCCAUAGGAAUGUUUUGUGGUCGAAUCAGACCCUCGUAUUAAUAAGUAACCCUGAGUUCCAGACCAGGAAGCUACCACACCAAGACUUGGCCAACCCUUCCGGCCCCUUCCAUAAUCUUGCAGAUAUACAUAUCAUGCCGUCUGUCGCCACGAUAGUAACAUGUUUGUCUCCUAGAGAUUCCUCACAUGAAGUGCGAAGCAGCAGCUCCAAAA